AUGAAAGCAUGCUAUGACUCCCAAGAUACCGAUCUCAUCGUACGUGGCGUGAUUGUCGACAAGAUCGAUGGGUUCAGUGGGCGGCGUCAUUGGGAUGAUGACUCCGGUGAACUUGUAGAUUUCCUAAGAUCAGAGUCCCAUAGAAACCCAUAUGGAGCAGACGCAGACUAUGAGAAAGCUAUCUGGAGGACUUUGGUAGGUGACCGCAAUUAUGAGGGCGACCGAGCACCUGGAAAGUAUGCUUGCGUACUGGAUACCGCUAUCCUCGACAAAUCAUGUUUGUCAUCCGAUCCCACCGGGAACGGAAACAUUGAUGAUGUUCAAUACAAUCUUCAUCUCUGGUGGGUACGAAACGCAAAGAUAAGAAUUAAAGGCAAACCACUGGCAUCAUAUCUCAAGAGUCUGGGAAUCUUACGAAAGGACCCGAAAACGUAUAAUGAAGCUGCAGGGCGGGUUGACAGGUUCCUGUGGAACAGACGAUUGGUUUCAACCGCUUUGGGUUACAUUGGAAUAACGCCUCAUUUUAUCCAGAAAGGCGACACUACAGCAGUCAUCGGAGGCUGCGCUGUACCUCUUGUUCUGCGACCACGGUGGCAGCAAAAGCCAAAACAUCUCAAAUAUGAGAUACUUGGCCUCGCUGUCAUAUCUGUGGCUUUUCAGCUUACCGAAGCGUGUAUCAAACUCUACACGUUCUGGGAGGCAGUCGAAGAUGCUCCUCAGGAGAUCAUCGCGAUCAAGGAGGAUCUGCGCUACCUGAUCUCAGUCUUCAAAGGAGUCGAAUCUUACGGCGACCCUCUUGGCGGUUGUUUAGGAGAAGGUGUACAACAUUGCCGAGCAAAAGUUGCAGAUCUGAUAUCCAUUGUUGAAAAACUCGAUGGUGGUUUCCAAUCGCUGUCACGGAGGAAACGAUUUGCUGCCGCAGCAGGUCACGUCGAACUCUGCGCUUUGCUUAUUAAAGGAGGCGCAGACAAGUCCGCACUGGCAUACGAAGGACCUUCUGACGCGAUCCUAUCACCAAUAUCGCUUUUCGUAGCAUCUUGCACUGAUGAGCACGCUGAUACCAAGAUCGCCAUGCUCAGACUGUUUUGUGAAUGCAUCGACAUAGCCGAUGCUGAUAGCGAUGGUUGGUCCGUUCACGACUGGCUCAAGAGAGCAUACGCAAAGGAACGAGUUCCAAUCUCGCAAAACAGCAUCACAUGGCUACUUCACUUUACCAUGCACGAAGAGUACGUCGGAUUCAGCGCACGCAACAUCUGGUCCGCCUUGCAACACGCAAUGAGAUCUAUCCUCAACCAUGCGCGUCAUAGCAACUACCUUCAGCAGAUCCUCUGUCUUUCCAAAGACGAGCAUUCGAAGGUCAGCAGACGCCACUUAGACGCUGUAGGUUCUUGGCUUGCUCUACGCAUGAAGGGCUUUGAUUGGAUGGAGGACAACUUGACACACAAGCAAUUCCUACAAGCACUGCCGAGUAUCUACUCAGCUUGGUGUAACGCAGUACUGGAUUGUGUCGAGCAAGAGGAAGCCUACAUGCGAGAAGAACUUCAUGGCUACCUAUGCCAGCUUGGCAUGACACGAGGGGAAUUCGUUGAUACACUCAUUCAGACGAAGAGUAUCUUGCAUAGCGCAAAUGUUGGAAACCUACCACGGACCGCAUGCACAUCCUGCAAAGAUGACUAUGGUCUAUUGACUUGUGGACUGGUCGAACCUGCGCGCAUAGCUAUUACAGAGUGCGUCAGAUCUGGACACAACUCGAAUUGUGUGUGCGGAAAGAUCCCAAAAAGCUCAACAGUGUCGGAAGAUAUUCCGGAAUACACCGGGACAUUUCGAACGGACGACAAAGACGAUGCUACACAUGCAGAUGACGAAUUCUUCGACGCACAGCCGUACGUUUUCAGUGAUGCUGGUUCCCGAACCAAUUCCACAUCGAGCAUGUUCACUGACAUAGCGACUUUGCUUUACAGCGCGCAAGGCCGAAUCUGGCUCGGUGAACACUCGUUCGGAGAGCGCCUAUGCUCAACUUGUUUCUUACUCAAAGAGAAGUACAUCGGUGAAGAUGGUCUAUCUGCUGACUUUCCACCAAUACCGAGGAGCUUCGGUGGCCUACGUGUGAAGUAA